UAAGCCUAAACUAUGUUAUCAAUAAGCACAUGCCCUGGAUACUAGAAAAGGGAUUAGCCAAAAGUUUUGUAUAUUAUAUUAUUAAUAUCCUGUUGAUAGCCGUCAACGAAGUUCACUCAAAGGGCUGGAGUCAUUGCGACUUACAUGGUGCGAACAUUCUGUUGCAGAAAGAUAAUGAUAGAAUUAUAGUUCGUAUAAUAGAUUUUGGCUCAGCAAAAGAAAUUACUGACAAUAGGAGGGGACAUCAGAAUAAGAAAGAUGACCUUCGAACGAUGUCAGAAAGAAUCACAAGUCUCUCCAGGAGAUGUAAAGGGAUAGAAGACGAGCUUUUGAAUAGAUUUAGAGGAGAUGAUCCGAAAACAAUAAGUUCUACAGAAGAAGCAGAAAUGGUUAUAGAAGAAACCUCUGCACGUGCCAAAAAAUUUGUUAGAACGGAUGAUAACAUAGUGGUAAUGGAGCGUAUAUUCACUAUGGUUGGUACAACAAGGCCUAUAUCAGACUCUGACAUAUCAGAAGAAAUGGAAACGAUGAAUAGCAAGAGUUCCCCUCCAUCUUCAUCAGACGACUAUCCUUAUGGGUCAAGUUCAGAAGAAAAAUCGAAAGAAAUAUCACCAAAUCCGUCCACCGAGGAAGCAAUGGAGUAUACGACUGUUGGAAUAUAGUAACGUUAGUUGAUCAAUCGAUUGUACAGUCAGGGAAAAGUUACAUUUAAGAUCUCCGGAACUUUAUGUCAUUAUUAAAAAAAUAAGCUAGAUAUUAUCAUUUAUAUAUAUAUAUAUAUUAUUUUUUUUUACACAUCGAGUUCGAAAA